AUGGCGGAACCAAAGUUCGACAUACAUAAUUUAUUGCAGACGGGGUCCUUCCCAACUGCUCGGGGCCGUUCUAGCGAGAGAGGUUCCUGGGAGUCCCUGGAGCGCAGUCCUAGAUUCUAUAGCGGUACCAAUUCCCAGCUUGACGAGCCGGUGAUAAGCCUGGCCGACCCAGAAAUCCCUCCCCGAUACUCAACCCCGCCCCCACCACCGACCGUCGAAGACAGCGAAGAUGUCGACGGAGAAUAUGCAGACGAGGAGCCCAAGUUCCCGGGCGACAUAGACCAACAUCCUGUCCUCCUUGAGAACGAAGACUACAUCUACGCCCACAACCCCGAGCAGCGCUUCGUCUUAGUUUCUAAUCCUAGCGACAGCAAGCCGCAGACCGUGAAGCCUGACGAGGAUGCUGAGGGGCGUCGAGGACGUCCACCUAAGAGGGAUACCCCCGACUCGAAGCGAACCGAUUCCCCAGUAAAGAACGAUGGUGGCAGCUCUCCUACCAUGGCCGCAGCCGCCGCCGUUGCUGGAGCUGCCGCAGCUUCGAAGCUUAACGCCCGGGGUAGUUUAAGGGAGAAGAGACCAAGCCUGAACAGGAGAAAGAGCCCGCAUGACCUCCCACGACUUGAUACCGAGAUGCCUAGCGGAGGUGAGCCCCAGCGGCGCACUUCGCGACACAUUCGCAGCCGGUCUUCGACUGCGACAUAUAAUGACGACUAUCGAUAUCGCGAGCCGUCAUCUCCUGAUUACGGGGGCGGUGGACGGUCUUUCCGAGAUGACUUCCUCUCACCCGAAAUUAUCAAGCACGGCCCGCGAAACCGUGAACAGGCCUAUUACCCGAGUAGCACUCACACCCAACCAAGCAGGCCAAAGGAAGAGUUUGAUGAUAGGCUAGACGGCCCCUCCUUUAGUCGUGGACCUCAUUCAGUUAGUCCAGUACGGGUUGGACGUUCGCGCCCCGGCUCCGAGUACCCCUCGAAACACACGUCUAGGAGAUCGAGCAGAGGCUCGCCACCCCGACCAGAAACCUUGCGCGGCCCGGCAUCCAGAAGACCCGAAUCCCCGCCUCGCCGUGAGACCAGACCGCGACGCUAUGAUCCUUAUUCCGACGAGGACGUAAUAUCCGAAACCGCUUCUACACGCCGUAACCCCCGAAAGGCUGUCGUGGUUCACGAUGAACGUGCUUCAACAGGGAAUCUUUUGGGUUCGGGAGAUUUGAGGCACAUGGCUAGCUCUCGGUCGCGAUCGAGGUCUACUACCGUUGGUGGCGCGAGCCCGAAUUUGUACCCUGAUGCUGCCCCGCGUGGCCCUCGCUCUCCGGGCACUUUCAGUUCUCAAAUUUUCGAAUCCCCCGCCAUUGCACCUGCGUACCCGACAGUCGACUUUAUGCCCUCUCAUGACCCCGUGAGUUAUCAAGGUAGGGGCCAUUGGGACUCUAGGCCUAGGCCACGCGAUCUUCAGGGAUACGUCCCGAAUCCUAUCCAAAUUUCCGGCCCUUCAGGCCCUCGGGAACCGAUCGACUCUGGCCGAAGCCGGUAUAUGCAACACGCGUGGCAGCAUUCUGAGCCUCGGAACCAAACACCAGCGAACGCUUCCAACCCUUUCAUGCCAAGCCCGAGUAUCCGACCCUCCCCUUCUCCGCAGAAGGAUAUCAGUGUCUUGAAGUACUUUGAGGAUCCUCGGCACUCCGGGUUGCCCGUCCUCCCGCAAUGCCCCAGGAAGGAACCAGUAGCCGGCAUGACAGACUGGUUGACCCUUCCUCGGUGUGAUAACUUCAACAUCUGCCCAACAUGUUACGCCGGACUCUUCUCCGACUCUUCUUUUCGGACGCACUUUAUCCCCGCUCCAUGGCGACCGAUGGACCAGAAGAUUUGCUGCGAUAUCGGCGCCUCGCUCUGGUACCCUAUUGCCUGGCUUCUGACUACGAAGAAGAGGCUACCGGAUCUACGGCUGCUGACCAGCGUUGCGGACAUUAACUGGAAUACCACUGCUGUCGGCGAGGGAUGUCCCGGUGGGCGUAAAAUGACUCGCAUCUGGCACACGAUCAAGGACCCUACGACUCGGCGUGCGGUACCGAAUUUUACGGUGUGCUAUGAGUGCACCACGGUCAUCGAAGCCCUACUGCCCAAUUUGCGAGGCAUCCUCGUCAUUCCGGAAACAUUAAACCCCAAGUCUAGCGGCCAGUGCUCCAUGCAUCCCACAGGGGAUCGCCAGAUGCCGCUCCUCUACUUUGACGCCCUCGAGAAGGCGUCGGAAAUGGCCCUCACCAAUGGCACAUCACCUAGUAUCACGCAGCUUGUCGAUGACAUCAGUAGCAUCUCGUCACUGUCUUUGACCCGGGUCACCCGCGUCUCCGAUUGUCCCCGGGAUAAGACUAUGCACAACAAAAAAUGGUACAUCCUGGCGUCGCUACCCGAACUCACCAUCUGCGACGACUGUUUCGAGGAGGUCGUGUACCCGCGCCUCAGCGAGAGCCCCAGCCUGACGGAGAAGUUCUCGAUAUAUGCCUACCGGGUGCCCAUCGCGACGUGUCAGCUCUACUCGGAGAGGAUGCGGGCUCUCUUUGAGGAGGCGUGCAGGCGCAAGGACCUGCGUCAGCUCGAGGAUGCGGUGAUCGAGCGCAAGAAUAAGGAAGUUGAGAUUCAGGCGAAGUUGAGCCAGCUUAAGGCCCAGCCGCAGAAUGAUCCGUGGAUCGAGGAGGCUGUGAAGAAGCUUGAGCAGUUGUGGAAGAAAUGGGAGUAA